GGGGCGGGAGCGGUCCUCGGCUCGACCCAGUUUGAAAGUGAACGGACGGUCCAGUCUCCGCUUCAGCCACCAGACGUCAACAAUAAGCAGACUUGUCAAAAAAAAAAAAAAAAAAAAAAGAGAGAGAGAGAACGAAAGAAAGAAAGAGAAAAAAAACCAAACAAAAGCCCCGGUCCUGAGUGUGCUUCAGCCUGUCGCCGGCCCUCCUAACGAGCCGCCACCAUGAUGCGAAAGGACGCGAACAAGCCCAAGGGGAAGACGUCAGCGUACGCCUUCUUCGUGCAGACGUGUCGAGAGGAGCACCGCAAGAAGAACCCAGAGCAGUCAGUUAACUUCGCCGAGUUCUCUAAGAAGUGCUCGGAGCGAUGGAAGGGUUUGUCUACUCUUGACAAGAAGUGUUUCGAGGACAUGGCAAAGGCUGACAAAGUGCGCUACAACAGGGAGAUGCGAGACUACGUCCCACCCAAAGGCUUCGGAAAGAGGGGCCGCAAGAGGAAAGACCCCAACGCACCCAAACGGCCCCCGUCCGCGUUCUUCGUGUUCUGCAGCGAGUACCGUCCCAGCGUGAAGCAGCAGUUCCCCGGCCUCUCCAUAGGCGACUGCGCCAAAAAGCUGGGCGAGAUGUGGAGCAAGUUGUCGCAGUCCGACAAGCUUCCGUACGAGGAGAAGGCGCAGAAACUCCGGGAGAAAUAUGACCGGGAUAUGGUGGCGUAUCGGGGCGGCGGCUCGUACGCCAGGAACCCCGGUUCGUCCGCUCAGGGCGGUGAGGAAGAGGAAGACGACGAGGGCGAGGACGACGACGAAGAGGAUGAUGAUGAUGAGUAGGGACCCGCAGUUGGAUGUGUGUGCGUGCAUGUGUGGGUGCGAGAGAGCGUGAAAGAGAGGAGGGGCUACGUCAAAUUUCAAACAUUUUGUGUGUUUUUUUUUAAGACACCACGUCUCCAAGCUGCUGAUUGGCUUAUAAAGUGGCAGGGGCGGAGUUUCACAAGAGGCUCGGUUACAGCUAAUCAGAGGCACUUGUGUUGCCGCGGUGACAGCCCCCCACCCGCACCCCCAAUGGGCUGAUGCCUUUUAAAAAUUUUAAUUACUUGAGUUCUCAAAGCACCUUGCUUCCUGUGUGGUGGGUCCCAGAUGUGACGUAAACACACACUCUGGAUGAGUGACUGCGUGUGCGUGUGUGAGAUGAGGUCCGAAGUGGACGAUAAUAGAACCCCACCCCCCGCCACUGUUGCCAUGGUUACCCUUACACCAGCCCCCUCCCCUCAGCCAUGCUUACCUGUAUGUUGCCAUGGAGACCCUGGACUCUUCAUUGUCAUUAAUUUUUUUUUAAUUUUUUUGUUCACAGUCAACGUAGAAACAACUUUUAUAAUAAAACGAGAGGGAAAACGCA